AUGAACAUCCAUAAGGAAGGAAAAGGCAGGGAUGUAAUGAAAUAUGAUUAUGAUUAUAUUAAAGACGAUAAUAAAUACAACAAUAUAAUUAACUCAAAAAAUGGAGACGACAAACCGAAAAAACAUAUGAAAAAUAAUAGUGAAAAGGGUCGUAUGUUUGAUAGGUAUGAUGUGAAUCAUAAAAUCGAAAAAAAUUUAUUGAAAAAAGGAAAUCAACAUUUUAAAUAUAAUCACAAUAAUAAUACACAUGAUAAAAAGAUAAAUGGACAUCAUGAUUAUAAAAACCGAAAUACUUGUAAUUCUAUAGCAGAGGAUAACACCAGCUACAAUGGGAAUCACAAAAAUGAAAACAUACCCCCAUAUUCUUUAAUGAAUGGUAUGAAACGAAAUAAGAAUGAUGAAAUGAGCGACAGAAGAGGAAGCAUUCAAAGAACAGUGAGACAUGUUGAAUAUAACAAUAAUGAUGAUGGCGAAAAAAAUGUGUCAAGAGAUAAUUACAAUAAUAACAAUAUGGAAAGUAAAAAAAACAUAAAAUAUAAUGAUGAAAUAAAGGAAAAUUAUGAAAAUUGGAAUUCAAAAAAAGAUAUCAAUAAUGUUGAAAAAAUUGGUCCAAAAGGUGAAUUAAAAAAAAAACACACAAAUACCUUUUUAAGUAGAAAUGGGAACAAUGGUAAUGAUAAUAAAAAUAGUAGGGGUUUACAAAAUAACAAGAAGACGAGCUAUAGUCAAACGGAAAGGAAAAAAAAUUAUUUAAAUACUUUAAAUGAUGGAAUGAAUGCAAGCAAUCGUAAGAAAAGUAAUAGUAAAGAUAUAAAUGAGGAUAUAUAUAGGAAUAAUAAAAAGAUGGAUGACUCUAAAAACGAUAACAUCAACAAUAACAAAAAUUAUUCUAGCGACUUUAAAGACACACCUAUUAAUAACAAUUCUAAAUUUAUAAAAGAAGGAAACUAUUCUACAAAAAGAAAAGUCAUGGAAAACCCUUUUCAUAAAAAUGAAAAUAAUAGUAGAGAUGAUUUAAUAUCAAACAUGGAAAUGGAUAGACAUGGACGUAACGAAAUUAAUUGUAGCAACCUUAAUGACAAUGAUAACAAUUAUUACAGCAACCGAAUAGAUAAUAACAACAAUCGUAGCAAUAAUAAUGGUUACAAAAAUAACAAUGGUAAUGAUAAUAUUAAGCAAGAUGAAAAUAUGACCCAUUUCGAGACUUAUGAAUCAAUUAAAAAAAAUGAAGACCAUAUAAAACGCAUUGAUGUUAAUCAUGCAAAAAAUGAUCAUGUUAAAAAAGGUAGCAGAAAAGUAUAUGCUGAAAAAAAAAAAAAAAAUCUCGAAAUAAAUAGUACCAGGAAUAAAGGAGAUCAUAAUUACAAUAACCGUAAAAGCUUGAGUAAUGCUAAUUCUGAUAAUCCAAAUAAUAAAAAUAAAACUAGUACAUUUAGAAAAAAUGAAGAUAAAAAAGAUAAAUAUAACAAUAGUGAAAAAAAAAUGAAUAAUAACAUAUUAAAUAAUGGAAAUGUUAAUUAUAAAAAAAAUGUCACUUCAGAAUUACCUUCGUAUAAUAAUAUAGUGGAAAAUGAGGAGAAAGAUGAUGAUACUAGAAAUGGAUUGAGAUACAAUAAUAAGCAUCAUGACGACACAAAUAAAAAGUAUAAUAAUUACAGGAAUACAGAUAAUGACAAAAAAAACGACUAUAGAAGCACCAACGAAUAUAUCAAUGAUAUGCGUAAGGUAGAAUCUGGUAGUUAUAAACAUACAGAAAAUGAUGAUGUUAUGAAAAGUAAAGAAAAUUUUAAACCAGGUGAUAAAAAUAUAGAGGAAUCAAGAAGCAGAGAAAGAACUAAAAAAAAUAAAGAUAUGCAUAAAAGUAAUGAAAAAAAAACGAAAAAUGGCUACUUGGAUCCGUCAUGGAAUGAUAUAAAUCAUAAUAAUAAAAAUGGAAAACAUAAUAACAAAAAAAAAAAUAGAUAUUAUAAAAACAAUCAUGAUAAUCGAAGUGACAGUUUAAUGAACACAAAUGGUGACGAUAAUAGUAGUAUUAACAAUUAUGAUGACGAAUGUGUUUAUAGCUAUUAUGAAAAAUCGAGCAUGCGAAGUUCAUACUACAAAGACAGUAGUGUCCAGGGGAUGAAUGGCUAUAAUGGGCACGAAUAUGAUAAAAAUGAAAAUGAGAGAAAAUUAAAUUUAAAAAAAAAUAGCUUAAAAAAAACGAGCAUACAAUUUAAUAAUGAAGAAAAGUAUGAGAAGAAGCAUAGCGAGCAAUAUUAUAUUAAGAUAAGUGAAAUUACAUCGGUUACUAAUGAGUCAACUUCCCCUAACAACAGUAAUAUUAAUAAUAGCCUCAAUGACUAUGAAGGUAAAAAUAAUAAUUACAAUUAUUAUGAUAAAAAAACAAGUCAUCGAGAUAGUAUGAACAGUAAUAAAGGAAUAAAAUUUUCUGACGUAUCAGAAAAGGAAUCAAACAUGAGCAAUGCCAAUAGCGAGUAUAAAUACAAUAAAAAUGAACUAACACCUUUUUAUUUCUCUAAAAAUAACAAUGUAAAUAUUGAUGGACUAAAUAAUAUCGAAAAUGUCAAUGAGGAUAAUGGUAUACAAAUUAUAAAAAAUAAUAUGAUUAGAUAUGAUCUUUAUUCCAACAACGACGAUAGCAUUAACAAUAGUAUGGACUCGAAAAAUUGGUCUGAUACCCCUAAUAAGAAUUCUAAUAAUAGUACCGAAUUCAAUAAAAAAGGCAAAACUCGUGAUAUGAAAUACCAGAAAAAUGGAAGAAGAAAAAAUGAUUAUAAUAAUGAAGAGUUUAUAAGAAAGGAAAAAACGAGAAGCUCCAAAAAUAAGAACAACAAUAACAAUAGUGCUACCAAUAUUAAGAAUAGUAAUGAGCAUGGUAAAAACAACAAAAAGACAAAACGUAGCGAUUUUCGAUUUACAAAAAAAAAGGGGAAUGCUGAAGAGGAUCGCAAUGAUAAAUUAAAAUAUGAGGAUGAUAAAAAUGCCAAAAAUAUGGAACGAAAUAAUUAUAUUGAUGGUUCUGAAAACGAUAGGAAUGGUACUCACAAUUCUUCUAAUAUUUUGAAUGCCGAUAAAAAUAGUGAUAAUGAAAGUAAUUUAAUUGACUACAAGAGUUUUAAAGCAUGGAUUGGAAAUCGAUAUAAUACAAUGCUAAAUUUAUAUAUAAACCAGGAAAAUCGAAAAAAAAACAAUAAUGAAAUAUUUGAAGAUGAAAUAAAAAUAUAUGAAUUAAAUACAUUUGAUACUAUUAACCAAGAUGAAGAAUAUAAUAAUAAUGAUGAUAUUACAAAAUCAGUAGAAAUCGACGAAAAUUUAAUGGACGAACCUAAUAGUAAUAUAUAUAAUAAAGAUAAUUUUGUUCUGCCAAAUGAUACAAAAGAACUCGAUGAACUAACAUGUAUUAAUGAAAAUCCUAAAAAAAAAAAUAGUCUAGUAAAUAAAAAAGAUUUAUCAAGCAAUGCUACAAAGGGCUAUUAUAGCGCACCAAAAAAUAAUGCAUUUACAAGUCCGAAAAAUGUAUCACGUUUAUUAAAUAAUAAUACCAUAAAUAAUGAAGACGAUAAAGAUCAUAGAAAUAAUAAUGGUUCUCGCUCAAAUAACCAAAAAAAGGGAUCGAUUUAUUCUCGUAAAAGUGGUUUAAAUAGGAUCAAAGCUUCUUUGUUAAAAUUAGUAUCUAACAAUAAAUAUGAUAAUACAAAAAAUCCGGAUGAUACCAACACAAGUUCCAAUUUUUUUAUGAGAAAAAAUACUACUUUUAAAAACAAUAACAAUGAAGACAAAGAUAAUGAUCAUAAUUUUAGCAAAAAGGGAUACUUUGAAAAAAAAAAAAUUGAGAAACGGGGAACCAACAUCGUUGGAAAUAAAAUAGUAAAUAAUACCACUUCUAACAAUGCAACAACUAAUGGUAAUGUCUCUAAUAAUAAUAAAAAACAAUUAGAUAAUAACCCCCCUUACAAAAAAGUAUAUCAAGUUUCAGAAAAAAAAAAUGAUUAUACAAAAAGCAAAACAAAAAACAUACCGCCAUAUAAACAGAAUAAACAUUCAACAGACAAUCAAUACAAUAAAGAGAAGCCUCGAGGCGCUAAUUUAGUAAACGAAAGAUUUAAUAAACGAAUUCAUUCAAGCGAUAUAAACAAUAUGAAAGAAAAUAAUAUCCCCUUAAAGCAUAAUGCAAAUAACGAUAUUAUAAUUCGAAAUAAUAAUUAA